AUGACUGCCUCGCGCGCGUUGCUGGCGGUCUCCAGGGCCCUACGGACGUCCCCAGUGCCCCGCCGUACCCAUGCGGCAAUUGCCGCGCGCUGGGCGAGCUCUGCACCUGUACAGGGUAAUCCUGACAUCAUCAACACGCUCCCCAACACGGCCGACGAGGUCAAGGUCGACGUUCCGUCCGAGAGCGUGCCCUCGUCGUCUGCCCUGGACUCUCCGCUUUCUGCCGACAGCGGCACUGACUGGUCGCGUUCCUACCAUGGCUUGUCCUCCGUGCCGUUUCCCAAGGAGGUCGCGGAUAUAUUGCUUCAGCCUAUAGACCCUCUUGACGUGGAGAUCAAGCCAGACGGCUUGAUUUACCUGCCGGAGAUCAAGUAUAGACGCGUGCUCAACCGUGCGUUCGGACCAGGUGGUUGGGGGCUUGCACCGCGCAGCGAGACGAAUGUCGGUCCGAAGAUUGUCAGUCGUGAGUACGCGCUUGUAUGCAUGGGAAGGCUGGUUGGCAUCGCCCGUGGCGAACAGGAGUACUUUGACCCCAACGGCAUUCCGACUGCAACGGAGGCGGUCAAAAGCAACGCCCUGAUGCGCUGUUGUAAGGACCUUGGUGUCGCGUCUGAGCUUUGGGACCCGCGCUUUAUUCGCGAGUUCAAGGCGAAGUAUGCCGUCGAGGUCUAUGCCGAGCACGUACCUACCAAGAAGAAGCGCAAACUUUGGAGGAGGAAAGACCAGCCCAAGUUCGACUAUCCGUACAAGGAGUAG